AUGGCUCAAGCUUUGGAACAUCAACCGAAUGUUGGUGAGAAUGCUGCUUCUCGCAACUUGGCUACCUUCCAAAGAGAGAAUCCUCCCGUGUUCAAGGGAACUCAUGAUCUUGAUGGCGCAUUGACAUGGCUAAAGGAGAUUGAGAGAAUCUUCCGUGUGAUGGAUUACCCUUCUAUUCAAAAGGAUGUCCGUGGAAAGAAGGAGAUUGAAUUCCUUGAUCUAAGGCAAGGGAACAAGUCUAUUGUGGAAUAUGCUGCUAAGUUUGGUGGGUUGGCUAAGUUUUACCAACACAAUGAUGGAGCCAAUGGUGAGUUUUCCAAGUGCAUCAAGUUUGAGAAUGGAUUGCAUCCAGAGAUUAAGAAAGUAAUUAAUUACCAAAAGAUUCGCAUCUUUGCUGAUUUGGUUAAUUGUUGUCGAAUCUAUGAGGAAGAAAACAAUGCUCUUUAUAGUGUUAUUAAUGAAAAGAGGGGCAAGGGUCAACAAGGCCGUGGUAAGCCUUAUGAAGCUCCGAGUGGAAAGUAG